AUGUCCCAGAAGGAGCAGCCGAACAACGAUGAGGAGGAGCGACUGAAGCGGAUGAACGAUGUUUUCGACAAGUGCGACAACGAACAGUUUGAGGAUUUGGCCAACAGUAAACGCGACUACCUGGUCCUGAUCUUGCACUUGCGACGACUGUAUUACUCGAGGAUCGGCGUGACCAUUAUGAUAAUCGUAUGUAUGCUGAUAGUGCUGACAAUGUUCGUACUGUACAGGAUCGCGCGACAGAAACUGAAGGAGGAACUUGGGUCUUGUGGGUAGUGAGUUUUCGUAUUUUAUUGUUAUGGUUAAGCUUUUUAAUGAUAUUUAAAUUAAUUUAAAUUGUUUUUUCUUUCGAAUUUUAACAAAAAAUUGAUUUGUACCGGUACCGAUUGGAUAAUUUUGGUAUUUUUCCCAAUUUAUCGCCGUAAUAUAUGUGUUUUAGUUUCAAAUGUCCAAAUCCUCCUCGGGUAUGUCCACAAGAGUAUUACGAAGAACUGGAUCGAUGCGAAUUAGCAAGUCACAUCCAAAAAGGAAAAGUAAAUGUAAGUUUUGAAUUAUAAGAUGACCAGAGUAUCAGUUUAAACUUUUUAAAAUACUAUACGCAUAUAUUAUAAAUUUCAGGGCUGGAUCGUAUGUCCGAACGAAGAUCACCUUGUAUCAAUUAACCCCGACGUCGACUUAUUGGAAUGA